CGUCUGAGGGAUUGCGAAUUGGGAGCAAUUGUGAAUCGUGACUUGAGUCGUCGCAUACGUCCUGUAAACGGCAUCACUGCUCACAAACAAGUUGUUCGAUCAGACAUCAGAAUUUCGGCAAAAGUUACUUUACAUUUGGACACUAAAGCCGGGCUCUGGCAAGAAAAUGAAUCCGGAGAAAAACCGCAACAAACGUUUGGAUUGGUCUCAAACAAUCCAGUUUUGCACAACAUAACCGAUUAUCUGAUAGAAGAGGCGAGCGCAGAAGAAGAAGAACUCCUUGGAUUAGAUCCCAGUUCUGAUCCCCAGGAUGCUGCCACAACUGUCGAUCGAGAUGAUUCGCUUAUCACCGUAUUAGAUAGAAUCAUCUUGUACUUACGUGUAGUUCAUUCUGUUGAUUAUUAUAACCAUUGUGAGUAUCCUAAUGAAGACGAAAUGCCUAACCGUUGCGGAAUCCUACACGCCAGGGGUCCUCCUCCAACUGCAAAAACUGAUAUAACUCAGUUCAUUGGUGCUGCUGUGGAAGCAAAGAUGACACAAUUCUUACCAGAAAAACCAGGAAACACUGAAAAUAAAAACGAAGUCAAAUUGAUCAGCAUGGCUCUUAAAGACGUGGACACUGAAAUUGACAAAUUUGUACAAGCGAAUACCAGAGAAUUGGCCAAAGACAAGUGGCUCUGUCCUUUAUCAGGAAAAAAAUUCAAAGGGCCAGAUUUCGUGCGCAAACACAUUUUCAACAAACAUGCAGAAAAAAUAGAGGAAGUGAAAAAGGAGGUCGAAUUUUUCAAUAACUAUUUGAAGGAUGUGAAACGUCCUAUGCUGGAAAUGCCGCAACCUAGGAAAGACGAGACACCCCCUUUCAGUCAUCCACCAAAUUAUGGAACUUCUUAUGGAUUUGGACCUAGAUAUUACAAUCAAGGAUAUGGGCGUCCUAGGCCUUACAUGCCUCCAAGAGCCAGGGGUGGAGGCGCUGGAAGUGACUUUAGACCGGUAAUUCAUUACAGAGACUUGGACGCCCCUAGAGAGCCUGAGGAGUUUAUAUAAUUUCCAGCAAAUACCUAUCACUGUACUGUAUUUGUAACUUAGAAUAUAAGAAGUUAAAUGUAAUUAGUAAUUUUGUGUAAUAAUAUGCGAAAUUAUUUUACUUUUUUUGAC